CCAAGCCCAACUCGAGACAACCUGGGGAGUUUCACUACCCUUGGUUGAACGGCGCUGGAGGACGAUCAGACUUUGCUGGGACUACAAGGGAAGAAUGCAGACAAUCAAAUGUGUAGUUGUAGGAGAUGGGGCUGUAGGUAAGACCUGCCUCCUCAUCAGUUACACAACAAAUGCCUUUCCUGAGGAGUAUAUCCCUACUGUCUUUGAUAACUAUAGUGCUCAGACAUCUGUGGAUGGCCAAAUCGUCAGCCUGAACCUGUGGGACACUGCUGGCCAAGAAGAGUAUGACCGACUACGAACACUCUCCUAUCCCCAGACCAAUAUCUUUGUCAUUUGUUUUUCCAUUAGCAACCCAUCCUCUUAUGCCAACGUGAGGCAUAAGUGGCACCCAGAGGUCUCCCAUCAUUGCCCCAAUGUACCUGUUCUGCUGGUAGGCACCAAGAGGGACCUGCGGAGUGACCUUGAGACAGUGAAGAAGCUGAAGGAACAGAGUCUAGUGCCCACGACUCCUCAGCAAGGCACUUCCCUGGCUAAGCAGGUGGGGGCUGUGAAGUAUCUGGAAUGUUCGGCUCUGAUGCAGGAUGGAGUACAUGAGGUAUUUUCAGAAGCUGUCCGGGCUGUGCUUUACCCUACCACAAAGAAGAACACCAAGAAGUGUGUCCUCUUAUAGCUUUUGGGUGCUACUUGGGGACUGCACCUAAGGAGUAUAAGGGGAGAUUCCUUUGACAGCAGUUAAGAGUGCCAGCAUGAGCCAUUUGUCUCUUUCCCUAGAGACCCUAACUGGUUUAUUUGGCUUUUGGAAGAACAAAGACAGACUAGUUUGUACAUGGCUGCUUUGAAGUUUGGUCUGAAUCUUUUGGAGGAAGUUUGAGUGUGAGCACGCACCCGUGUGUGUGUCUCCCCUGUCAAAGCAGUAAGAGAAGAUGCCACCGAGUGCUGUUCUUUUCUCUCCUAGCCAGGCCAUGACUAAGCAGAGCAGCCUAGUACUGUUUUUUGUUGGCUUUUGCUUGUCUGCUUUUAAAUCUAAUUUCAGUGUUCCUUGCUGUAUUUACCAUUGAGCAAAUGCCUCACAGAAGGUCAAGAUUAUCCAGUUUUCAAAUCAUUGCCUUAAACUUUCUGAUAUACUAAUUUUUUAAAACCAUUUUAUGUGUGAUUCCUGGGUAUUCCUAAUCUUGACAUGUUUCUCCCAUUCUUGGGAUGAGACAUUAACAAAAAUGGUUAAGCAGCAUUUUUCAAAGCUCUGUGAGAUGGUAAUAGAUGUUCCUUAAAAGGGUUCUGUGGUCAAAUAAGCUGAGAAACCAGCAAUUUAAAUGAAAUUGAGCAGGUUCCUUUACCACAGGACUUUAUAACUUAAUAUGUAUGCAACAUUUCCCAAACUUAUUUCAUCACUGAACUUUUUUUUUUUUUUUUUUGGUCCCAUGCAACACCUAUUAAUGUCUCUGGUAACAGUUUCAGAGAAGUUGUAUUAAUGGGAACUAGGAAUUCCCGAGGAAGAGGCUAGAGGCUGUAAAAAAACAAAAAGCAUAAUGUGGUCCUACUCUUUUUGAUGUUUCCCUCUUUAUGCCUUUGAGACAAAUGUUUAUGAGCCAUGGACUUGUGACUGGUUCCUCUGCUUUGGGAGAUGGGUUUGGAACUUAAUCAUUGCAUUGCAUUGAUGUGGGGUCUGACAAUGAGAUCUGCUAUCAGAUUGAUGGCACUAUGGGCCUGGUGAUGUGAAAUUAUUAAUCCCCCCCCCCCAAAAAAAAAACUGUGUGAGUCUUCUUUGUGGCCCUUUUUCCUGUCACUUUCUGCUUUAGAGAUAGACCACUCAAGGUUAACCCCCUAAAUAAAACAAAAACAAAACAAA